GGAACUGUUGCUAUCUAGAGGAUAGGCUUGCAACUGAGAUAGUCGCUAUCUUUCAUUCCUGGAAACUCCGCUUCAGGUAGGUCCCAGCGGACUGCGAUGCAGAAUGAGUCGCCGAAGCAACGCAACACAGACCACCAAAAAGGGCUACCGUAAUCAUUGUUCAGAUAGAAUCGACUUGAUCUAUCAGAAUCAGCGGGGUCACGCACUUAGCUCACCGAGUCACCCCUGACUUUCGUCAUUGACUCUAGGUCUCACGCAGGCACAGGGCCACACGAGAAGAACAUACCUAGGUCGAUUGGACACCUUGACC